AUGCCAGGCUCUACGAGAUCCUCAACGGUUCAGGGGGAAUCCGACCAUGAGGCAGAACAUUAUGACGAGAAAACGACCGUUGAUGAGACACCGGGCCAGAAGCAAUCCGUGCUUGGUGUUGCUGGCCAAGACUUGACAGCAACAGGUCAGGAUGCAUCUCCAACUGAGCGUGCAGACGGCAAGAUUGAGCUCACCGAGGAUGACGCCUAUGAUAAGUUAGGCUACAGCUUGCCUGAGUGGAGAAAAUGGUCCAUACUGGUGUUGAUCCUUCUGAUUCAAACCUCGAUGAAUUCCAACGCAUCGAUGUAUGGCUUCGCCGUCGAGGGGAUAUCCGAACAGUAUGGGGUUUCUGAAACAAAGGCCAGAUUAGGUCAAGCAAUCUUCCUCAUAUUCUAUGCAAUCGGUUGUGAGCUAUGGGCGCCGUGGUCCGAAGAACUCGGUCGAUGGCCGACUCAGCAGUUAUCGCUCUUUCUUGUCAAUAUCUGGCAACUCCCAUGUGCUUUAGCACCAAACUUUGGCUCCAUCUUGGUUGCACGAGCCUUGGGUGGUCUUUCCACUGCAGGUGGUUCCGUCACUCUUGGUGUCAUUGCCGAUUUAUAUCAACCAGAGGAUACCGGGUUUCAGUAUGCUGUUGCAUUCGUCAUUCUCUCCUCGGUUGGUGGGGCUCCUGCCGGCGCAGUCAUUGGAGGCUUUGUAGGUCAAUACCGAGAAUGGUAUUGGAUUUUCUGGACGCUUCUUAUCAUGGGCGGCAUUGUACAAGUGGCACAUUUCUUCCUUGUGCCAGAAACCCGUGUCACCAUCCUCCUCGACCGCGAAGCGAAGAAGCGUCGCAAGAACGGUAGCGAUCCCAACGUCUAUGGCCCCAACGAGCUAAAGCCCUUCAAAGAGCGCUUCAGCUGGAAAGAAGUCGGCAAAAUCUGGUGGCGUCCCUGGUUGAUGUUUUUCACUGAGCCAAUCGUCCUCUUCUUGUCGCUACUGUCUGGAUUCUCAGAUUCUCUUAUUUUCACAUUCCUUGAAGCAUUUACACCCGUUUUUGAACAAUGGGACUUUCAGACUUACCAGAUUGGUCUUUGCUUUCUCUCCUCUUUGAUCGGUUACAUUAUUGCUUACUUCACUUAUCUCCCGGUGAUAUGGCAUCAUAAUAAGACACGCAAGAGGAAUCCAGACCUCCUUACCCCCGAAAGUCGUCUUUGGUGGCUCCUCUACUUAGCUCCAUUGCUUGCCAUCGGACUGAUGGGCUUCGCAUGGACCUCGCUCGGACCACCCCAAGUUCACUGGAUCGCACCACUUAUUUUCACAACAAUCGUUGGCAUUGCUAACUAUGCAGUUUACAAGUCGAGUAUUGAUUACAUGAUUGCCGCCUAUGGACCGUAUGCAGCAUCUGCUACUGGUGGCAAUGACUUGGCUCGAGACUUUCUCGCUGGUAUUGCUGCUUUGUAUGCGCAUCCAUUCUAUGAGAAUGUCGGUGGCGAAGACAGGCACCUGAUAUAUCCUUCAGUGAUCUUAGCCUGUCUGGCUGUGCUAGUCAUUAUUCCUGUAUAUUACUUCUACUUCAAAGGUGAACACCUUCGGCUCAAGAGCAAGUUUGCACAAGAGCUGGAAAUCGGAAGGAGAAAGAGAAUGGAUAAGAGGAGGAGUACUGCAGCAGGAAUGCACGGUAGUAUUGCGGAGAAAGGCAAAAGUACCAGUGGUCCUUCCGAAAGGCAGCUUGAGCAGGUUUAA